UUUCUGGACAUAUCCAUAUUGUCUUGAAGUGGCUGUCAAUUUAGCUUGGACUAUCUGGAUUGUUACUUCUAGAAGAGGCGACACUAUUUGAUGCCAGUGGACAUUCACACUGCACCAGUAUCGAAACAAUGUCUUUCUCGUCCCGCUUCGACACAUGGCUUUCAUGUACCUUGUUUCUCGUUUUCCUAGCUCUGAUAUCAUUCACAGCAGCAGACGUUACAAUAAUCCCCGGAAAUCCAGAUCCGAGGCCUUACAAUGAGGAAUUCGACAGGCGAAUUAGUUCCAUUGAUGAGCUAUUUCAAACUAGCGCCUUCAAUGAGGCACACUAUACUCUCAACGACACCCAUAUUAUCACCUCUUCUGCAGACACUCCAAACGGAACAAUCUCCAAAGACACAUAUGCGUCAUCCGACUCCUUCGUCCGGAGUACCAUCCAAGCAUGGGGUCAGCACCAUCAUCUAGUCAUUCGUCCAGACGAAGUAUGGUUUACCAUAUUGGCACAAAUGAACUUCUACAUGAAUGACCACGCGGAGGAUGUACGUGACGUGUUUGUCACAUUUGAAGGAAAGCAAGAAAUCAGAGUCUUUGACCGGACAUGGCAUCAAGUGAUUGACCAAUUCGCUGAGGAGAUACAAAAACGUGUCAAAACUCCCUGGUUACUCGACUGGAUGAUGCCGGAAUUCAGUACCAGUACGGACAAUGACGCGACGACGGCAACCGUGCUCAUGAUGGGCCUCUUCCAAGCUUACUUCGACUACUUAGGGGGUAUCAUUUGCGGAUUGCCCUCAGUCACCCUCCUAGGUACCAAGGCCGACUGGGAGCGACUACUCGCUAAACUCGACCAUCUGCCAGAUUUUGGUGCCGAGCCGACAAUGUACCAGGGCCGUUUGAAACCAAUCCUCAGUCGGUUUGUGGAAUCUUUUGAUAAACCGAGCGACCCCAAAAUCCGCGAGUUUUGGAAUUCCAUUAUCAAUGCCGAGCCCCAGCACUUGUGCGGAGGUCCGCCCUACCGUAUCUCCGGCUGGCUGACCGGGUUCAUAUCCUGGGAUAAGGACGGGAAAUACAUGGCGACCGGGACUACGAAUGAACUGCUUGACGGGAUCUCAUAUCCGUCUUAUGAAAUCGACAAACUUCCAAUCGGGUAUGCGGGGACACCGAUCACGCUGUUGGACUAUCCUCGCCCAAGGGCCCCAAAGUUCCCUGCGUACAUAAUCGCUGGCAAUCUAGGGAAGGAAAUCAAACAAACUGUACCAGCUGGCUAUCUCGAUGCCCUAGCCAGCGUCAAUUCAAGCCUGGCAGAUAUCGAGCGUGCAGGUCUUGAAUCAACCCCCAAGAAGCAUUGGACGGUCCAGCCUCUCAAUGCCUGGCUGAUGUAUGGUCCAGUACCGACGAAUGAGACCAAUCGCCGGGACAGUGGUGAUACCGAACUGAACAACUUGUUUGGCUCUGCAAAUGGAGCUGCUGGAGCGGCUAUUCGGGACGGAUCGAAUGUUGACGAUGCUGCGGCAUGCCAGUGGCGAUUCAAGGCUACGCAAACAUUCAACUGUAACAUAGGACCGAGAGCAGAGCCAACUACAUGA